AUGGCAGUCAACGAGGGGCCAAAGGACCCGAACCUCCAUACUAACGACGCUCCCUCCACUGAGCAGCAGCAGCAGCAGCAGCAGCAGCAGCAGGAGCGACAACAGCAGCAGCAACCAGAGCAGCAACAACUGCAGCAGCAGCAGCCGCUCCUGCCGCAACCGCCGCAGCAACACCAACAAUCCCCACACGCGCAGCAACAGCCCAGGCAGCAGCAGCAACGCCAUCAGCAGCAGCAACAGCAGCUGCUACGCCCUCGGCAGCAACAGCAGCAACGCCCUCAGCAUCAGCAGCAGCAGCACCCACAACGCCAGCAGCAGCAGUACAUGAGGCAACGGCGGCCGAGCCAGCAGCAAGCUCGGCAGCAAGAGCAGCAGCAGCAGCAAGAGCAGCAGCAGGAAGACCAUCAGCAGCAAGAUCACCAGCAGCAAGACCACCAGCAGCAAGAGCAGCAGCAGCAGCACGAGCUGCAGCAGCAGCAGCAAGAACGACAGCGGCGCCCACGGCGGCCAAAAUUGGAGCAGCAGCAGCAGCAACAGCAGCCACAGCAGCAGCGACAACGACAGCCGCAGCAGCAGCAGCAGCACCACCCGCGACACCAACAACCCCAACAGCAGCCACAGCAGCAGCAGCAAAAACAAGAGCAGCAGCAGCAGACGCAAGGACAUAACCGAGCGCGGCGGCCACAGCAGCGGGAACGCCGACAACAGCAGCAACCAUGGCAGCAGCAGCAGCAGCAGCAGCAGCACCAGCACCAGCAGCAGCACCAGCGGCAGCAGCAGCAAGCACGCCAACAGCAGCAGUACUUCGACCAACAGCAGCAGCAGCAGCAGCAGCAGCAGCAGCAGCAGCAGCAAAGCAUUCCUGAGGCCUUAAGAGACCAGGUGGAAAGGAACAGCCGGCCGGGUUGUCUGUGGGUGAGCCCCCUGCCCUAA